AUGACCUUGGCUGAUCUUGGGACCAGGCUGUCAUGCAAAGGCACAGAGAUACCAGGACCGGUUUGUAGACAAAGGAACGAGUGGGAAAGCUCCCUCAGCACGAGGGCAGCGCUGACCCAUUGUCCGGAACGGGCGCGGCUCCUAUUGGCUAGUUCCCAACAAGUCACAUGCGGAUCGGCCACUAGAGGCGUUGGAGGACUGGAAGCACACUGGUCCUCCAGCCAAUCAGAGCACUCCUAUUGUCUGAAUGCGGAAGUCAUUGCUGCUGCUGCUGUAACAUUCCUCCAGGAGACACCAUCAGGGGGUUCUGUGUGUGUGGGCACUUCAGGCUUCAGUUCAUCAUCCAACCUGGAGGGACACAAGGACAACAGCACCGUGGAGAAGCCAUGGCAGUGUGGGGACUGCGGGAAACGGUACAGGUAUCCAUCCGGGCUGGAGAUCCAUCGACGUGUUCACACCGGGGAGAGGCCGUUCACCUGCUCUGACUGUGGGAAAGAAUUCAGUCACUCAUCCGGCCUUCAAAGACACAAGCUAAUUCACACAGGGGUCUUGCCGUUCACUUGCUCAGUGUGUGGGAAAGGCUGCAGUUCGUCAGACAGCCUGCGGAUCCACCAGCGCGUUCACACCGGGGAAAGGCCCUUCUCCUGCUCCGAGUGUGGAGAGAUAUUCAGCGAUCCAUCCAGCAUGCGGAGACACCGGCGGGUGCACACCCGGGAGAGGCCCUUCACCUGCUCCGAGUGCGGGAAGGGAUUCACUCAGUCUGCUAGCCUCAGGAUACACCAGCAACUUCACACCGGGGAGAGGCGGUUCACCUGCUCUGAGUGUGGGAAGGGAUUCACUCAGUUGGCUCGACUGUUGGUCCACCAGCGCAUCCACACCGGGGAGAGACCAUUCCUCUGCACCGUAUGUGGGAAAGGAUUCAGGGAUUCAUCUGCUGUGCUGAAACACCAGCGAAUUCACACCGGGGAGAAGCCAUUCACUUGCUCUGUGUGUGGGAGGACAUUUAACCAGUCGUGCACAAUGUGGAGACACCAGAGAGUUCAUCAAGUCAGUGUUGGAGGACCGGAAGCACUCUCGUCCUCCAUCCAAUCAGCGCGCCUACCGCCUGAACACGGAAGUCGCCCGAUUCUGAGGAUGUUCAUUGCUGCUGCUGCAGUAAUAACAUUCCUCCAGGAGACACCAUCAGGGGGUUCUGUGUGUGUGGGCACUUCAGGCUUCAGUUCAUCAUCCAACCUGGAGGGACACAAGGACAACAGCACCGUGGAGAAGCCAUGGCAGUGUGGGGACUGUGGGAAACGGUACAGGUAUCCAUCUGAGCUGGAGCGUCAUCGACGUGUUCACACCGGGGAGAGGCCGUUCACCUGCUCUGACUGUGGGAAGGGAUUCACUCACUUAUCUGGCCUUAAAACACACAAGCGAAUUCACACAGGGGUGUUGCCGUAUGCCUGCUCGGAGUGCGGGAAAGGAUGCAUUUCAUCAUACAGCCUACGGAUCCACCAGCGGGUUCACACUGGGGAGAGGCCAUUCUCCUGUUCUGAUUGUGGAGACAUAUUCAGUGAUCCGUCCAGUAUGCGGAGACACCGUCAGAUACACACUGGGGAGAGGCCUUUCACCUGCUCUGAGUGCGGGAAGGGUUUCACUCAGUUGGCCCCACUUUUGGUCCACCAGCGCAUCCACACCGGGGAGAGACCAUUCCCCUGCAGCGUGUGUGGGAAAGGAUUCAGGGAUUCAUCUGCUGUGCUGAAACAUCAACGAAUUCACACCGGGGAGAAGCCUUUCACCUGCUCUGUGUGUGGGAGGGGAUUUAACCAGUCAUGCACGCUGCGGAGACACCAGAGAGUUCAUCAACGAGGACUGCAAUUGGACUCUACUAUUCUUGCUGCUGAGAAUCACAUCCAAGACUGAACCGUGUUCAUUCGGACGGUGGGUGAAGUGGGAGGGUUUGUGUGAUGUUUUAUUGAAGUGAGUUUAAUGCUCUCUCAGCCUGUGAGUGCACAUUUCCUCUGAAAUGAUCCACAGAAACUGAUGGACAACAUUUACUUUAUCCUGGUUAGGAAACAGCGUGUGCCUCCCACUGCAGGUAGAUCUGAAGUUAACACAUUUAGACUACGACAUCAAGGAACAGGAGUACUCCAUUCAGCCCCUUGAGCCUGCUCCACUAUUUAAUACCAUUGAGGCUGAUUGCAUCCCGGCUUCAACUCCACUUUCCUGCCUCCUCUCCACAACCCUUCACCCCGUUACUGAUUAAACAUCUGUCUAUCUCCUUAAGUUUACUGAAUAUCCUGGCAUCCACAGCACUAUUGGGGGAGUGAAUUUCUCAGAUUAAAGACUCUUUGAGGGGAGUAAUUUCCCCACAUCUCUGAUUGAAAUCUGCUACCACUCGUCCUAAUGACAUGACCUCUUAUUGUAAAGUGCUGUAGGAAUUGAAAUAUCUUACCGCUGAUGAGGAAAUGAGUAAUGGUACGUAAACCAAUGUUGUCCCAUUUGCCAGUAUUGGGCCCAUAUUUCUCCAAACCUUCCGAUCCAUGUACCUGUGGAAAUGGCUGUUAAAUGUUGUAAUUGUAGCUGCCUCCACCAUUUCCUCUGGCGGCUUGUUCCAUACACGCACCACCCUUUGCAUGAAAAAGCUGGACCUUGGAUCCCUUUGAAAUCUUUCCCCUCUCACUGAAAACCUAUGGUCAUCAUUUUGGACUGCCCCUACGCUGGGGAAAAUGUCUUCACUAAUCACCUUAUGUCUGCCCAUCAUAAUUUUGUGAACCUCAGCAAAGGUCAUCCCUUGUCCUCUGAUGCUUCAUGGAAAUAAGUCCCAAUUUGUCCAGCCUGUCCUUGUAAGUCAAAUCCUCUAUAACAUCCUUGUAAACCUUUGUUGCACAAUUUACAGUUUAAUGAUGGCCUUCCUCUAACAGUGUGACCAGAACUGCACGCAACUAUGCUCUUACUAUUGUCAUUUGCAACCUAAUGUGACUUGUCAACUUCUAUACUCAGCGCUGUCACCAAUGAGGGCAAGCAUACCAAAACGCUUUCUUCACCAUGUUGUCUACCUAUGACACCAUUUUCAAGGAACUAAUUACCUGCACCCCUAGUCUCUCUGUUUGACAACACUCAGGACUAGUUUAAGCCCUGCCUUGGUUUGUCUUAGCUAAACGCAACACCUCGCAUCUGUCUAAAUUAACCUCUAUUUGCCAUUCCUCAAUCCAACUGAUCCUGAUCCUGUAGUAGUAUCAAAUAUCUUUCUUUGCCUUAAAUUAUUUCAGCAAUUUUGGGAAUACUAACCAUUCCCAUUAUCAUCGCAUCCAAUGCAUUUAUAUAAAUGACAAGUAAACAUGUUGAGGUGAGUGGUGCUGGUCAGUCAGUAUCUGAGGAGCAGGAGAAUCAACGUUUUGGGCAUAGGCCCUUCAUCAGGAAUCUAGUCAGAGUACCUUGAACCGAUACAUCGGGCACAGGCGACUCACAGGCCUGCAGUUUGAAUACAUAUCCUCUCCCACCACCCUCUAUCUCCUACCAUCAAGCCAAUUUUGUAUACCAUUGUCUAGCUCUCCUUGGAUUCCAUGUGGUCGAAUGUUGUGUCAAUGUGUCGACUGAGGGAGCAAAAUACCUCCAAUCCAGAUUGUUAAGGGUUAAUUGUGCAUGGCAAUAAGCAAUUGAAGGGGAAAUACUUGAAAACCAGGCUUCGAGUAAACACAGGCCGGUCUGGUUGGAAGGUAACUGCAAUGACCUUGGCUGGUCCUAGGGACAGACUGUUGUGCAAAGGCAAGAGAUACCGGGACCUGUUUUAGUACAAAGGAAUGAAUGGGAAAGGCACUCAGAGACUGCAAUACAGCACAUAAUAUCUGAGUGAGAAUAGUAUUAACAUUGGGAACAUUUCCCAACCCAAGAGACAUUCACUAUCAGACUAGGGUUUGAGAGACCAGUUUGUGAGAAUGGAAAUAGAGCUCUAAGUAACAGCCGUCACCCAGGACACCCUGAUGUGACGACAAGGCAGUGAGACCCACUUGUUGACUGUAUCGAACAUCUUUUAAACUAAUGGAGUCCCUCAUUAGUUUGCAUGUACCUAAAGUAGAUUCAGUGAAUAAAUGUGCUUUGUA